UCCCCCACGAUCUCUCCCCGUUCACAAAGAUCACAGACUUAUCCAACAAUGAAAUCUCACAAACUCCUAAACCCUCAGACCCUUAAACCCCAAAAUCUCAGACCCAUCCAAACCCAAUCUCUCUGUUCACUCACCCAACCAGACCCUCCUCCACCCAUCACCCACCACUCUCUCCUCAACUCCAUCCAAACUUGUCAGUGGCAAUUCAUCGAACACCUUCCCCCCAACCUUCCCUCCUCUCUAGUCUCCCAAACCCUCUUCCAUCUCCACCAAACCCCUCACCUUGUCCAUCAAUUCACAUCCCACAUCGACUUUCUCCGCCUUGAAAUCGAAACCCAAUGCCUCGCUGUCGCCAUUCUCGCCGCCCUGCCUUCCCCAAAAUCCUCCCUGGGGCUCCUGAAGCAACUCGUCGGCAGCGGCAUUGCUCCGAUUCGAGACGUUUUCGACUCGCUGGCUCGUGCCCGAGUGCGUUUGGGUGCCCAAAGCGGCGUCGUUUUGGAUUUGCUGGUAAGUGCUUGCUGUGAAUUGAAGAGGGCUGAUGACGCUUUUGAGUGCUUUAGCUUGAUGACGAGUGACAAUGUUAUGCCUAGGACUAAGACUUGUAAUGAAUUGUUGAGUUUGUUUUCGAAAUUGAAUCGAACCGAGAGGGCUUGGGUUUUGUAUGCUGACAUGUUUAGGUUGAAAAUCAAGUCCAGUGUUUGUACUUUUAACAUCAUGAUUAAUGUGUUGUGCAAAGAAGGCAAGUUAAAGAAGGCAAAGGAGUUUCUUGGGUUUAUGGAGAUUUUGGGGAUUAAGCCUACUGUUGUUACUUAUAAUACUAUCAUUCAUGGGUUUUGUUUGAGAGGAAGAGUUGGAGGGGCUCAGAUGAUCUUUAGUGCUAUGAAAGGGAGAGGAGUUAAGCCAGAUUCUUACACGUAUGGAUUGCUUAUUAGUGGGAUGUGUAAGGAGAGAAGGCUUGAUGAAGCGUCUGGUCUUUUUGAUAAAAUGCUGGAAAUUGGGUUGCUUCCGAGUGCUGUUACUUAUAAUACCCUGAUUGAUGGUUAUUGCAAUAAGGGUGAUCUGGAUAGGGCCUACGGUUAUAGAGAUGAGAUGGUGAAGAAGGGUAUAAUGCCGACGGUGUCAACUUACAAUUUGUUGAUUCAUGAAUUGUUUAUGGAAGGUAGGGUGAAUGAAGCUGAUUGUAUGGUUAGAGAAAUGGAAGAGAAGGGAAUGGUUCCUGAUGCCAUUACGUAUAAUAUCCUGAUUAAUGGCUAUUGCAGGUCUGGGAAUGCAAAGAAAGCGUUUAUCCUUCACGAUGAAAUGUUGAGCAAAGGGAUAGAGCCCACUAAGGAAACUUAUACAUCACUUAUUUAUGUUUUGAGUAAAAGGAAGAGAAUGAAUGAGGCAGAUGACUUGUUUGAGAAGAUACUGCGUAAGGGUGUUCUACCAGAUCUUGUGAUGUUCAAUGCCUUGAUUGAUGGUCAUUGUGCUAAUGGGAAUAUGGAGCGUGCAUUUUCGCUUUUGAGGGAGAUGGAUAAAAUGAAGGUUAAUCCAGAUGAAGUCACUUACAAUACCCUAAUGCAAGGGCGCUGCAGGACAGGGAAAGUUGAGGACGCUCGGGAACUUCUGGAUGAGAUGAAGAGAAGAGGAAUUAAGCCUGAUUACAUUAGUUACAACACCCUCAUUAGUGGACAUAGUAAACGAGGUGAUAUGAAUGAUGCCUUCAAAGUUCGAGACGAGAUGUUGAGUAGAGGUUUCAAUCCUACACUUCUAACUUACAAUGCUCUUAUAAAGGGUCUAUGCAAAAACCAAGAAGGUGAUCUUGCUCAAGAGCUCCUUAAAGAAAUGGUGAGCAGAGGGAUUACUCCCGAUGACAGCACAUAUUACUCUCUGAUUGAGGGAAUUGAGAAUGUUGAGGAAUUUCUCAAAAAGGGCGAUUCAUGAAGUGGCUCUCUCCGUGUAUUGUACUUCUAAUGAUAGUGGUGUUCUCGAACGCAAAUUCUGGUUCUGGAAGAUUCUUUUGGUUACUUUUUGAAGAUGACCUGACAAGCUCAGCUCAGGUGCUAAGAGGUUUAGCUUUUACUAUGUGCGUUUUGGACUCAGAAAUCAAUCAUCUUUGGUACACUCAUUUUGUGGCAAGCAAUGGAUAGAAUGUGAAGAGCUGUCAUUCUUGCAAGAAAUUAUGAAAUGGUGAAGUGGGUUGUCCUAAGAGGUUGAAAGAGAAGAUAUAGGUAUCUGAACGGGUUGUCAAGAUGACAAACAAAAGCUUGAGAUGAUGCUGAUGGGGUUUUGAAAUUGUCAAGUGAUUUUUGUUGCGGGGAAACAAGUGAACAGAACAGUCCAGGAAAUAAUGAGAAAUUGGCAACAGUUUUGUAACCAAACCAAACCAAACAAAGGAAGAAAGCUUGGAAGGGAAGAAGAUGAAUCUAAAAGUGGUAAUACAGCCCCUCCUAUGGUGUAAACAUUCAGUUAUAGGGUCUUGACUUACUAGAAAGCUGCUCAAUUUGAAGCAUCUCAAGCUUAAAGAUGCAAGCAUAUACAAGAAUGACAGAUAAAUUUGUUUCAUAUCUUAUUUUACUGGUUUGUGUAGCCAAUGGAAUUGUAUUCAUAGUGUGAUAGAGGUAGGAUAUGAUUCUUGACACCAACUAAAAUGCUAUUCAUAUGACUUCUUGUUAGAUUGGAUGCAUAUUGCUAGUUUGUCUGAGAUAUCCAACUCAGUUUACCAGAAGAAGAAAAUAUAAAGCCUUUGUUACAUCACAUGAAAAUGAAAUAAUACACAGAUAGAAUCUUGAUAAACAACUGAUAAAA